UAAAACCGAGAUUCGUAAUUUUUGUACAUUUCGGCAUUUCGAUACAAAACCAAAACAAAUGUGUUUUUGUGUUUAAAUACUUCUAUUUUAUAAAAUUAUUAUUUAUAAAAACAGAAAAGUGCAACCAUGGCUACAGCGGGUAGCUCGUUACGCGUUAAACAUUCAAUACCCAUUGAUAUUCUCGAUGACUUAUGCAGUCGCUUCAUCAUCAACCUGCCGGAGUCGGAGCGCGGGGACCUGGUGCGCAUCUGCUUCCAGAUGGAACUAGCGCACUGGUUCUACCUCGACUAUUACUGUACGGAUGAGGCUCACAAUCUGCACCCGUGUGGUAUAAGGGACUUUGCACAGCAUAUAUUCCAGCAUGUCCCCACGCUGCGAGAACACCUCACCAGCCUCGACUCAGUGCUAGAAAACUGGCGUGAGUACAAACAGACAGUGCCCACAUACGGCGCCAUACUGCUGGACCAGGAGCUAAGCCAUGUGCUGCUGGUGCAGUCCUACUGGACCAAGGCGUCCUGGGGCUUCCCGAAGGGCAAGGUCAAUGAGGGUGAAGAGCCGUGGAAGUGCGCUGCUAGAGAGGUCCUUGAAGAAACCGGUUUCGAUAUAAGCAAGCACAUAAACAAGAAUGACUACAUCGAAGCCAUAAUCCACGACCAGAUAGUCCGCCUCUACAUCAUCGGUUACAUUCCGCGGGACACCAAGUUUCAGCCCCGCACUAGGAAUGAGAUCAAAGCUUGCGAGUGGUUCCCUCUUGCGGACCUGCCGGCGAAUAAGAAGGAUAUGACGCCUAAGGUGAAAAUGGGCGUAAGUCCGAACGCGUUCUUCAUGGUGCUGCCGUUCGUGAAGCGCAUGCGGCGAUGGGUCUCCGAGCGGAACCCCAAGGGGCGGCGCACGCGGCACAAGUCUCUGGGAGACCUGGAUCUUAACAAGAGCAAGGGGAAGAUAUCACAGGGCCUACAGAACGAGAUAACAGACUACCAACAGCAAAACCCUUCCAACCCCACCCCAAAAUACAGUAGCAACCCCAAACACGCCUACGCGAGCACCUCCAAGAACGGCAACGGCAGCGCCAGGAAAGAGCGAAGAAACCCCAAGCGGCAGCUCUUCACACCCCAGAACACCCAUAGCACCAACUUCUCACCCGUGCAAAAAGAGCAGACUCCCACUCAAGAGCCCGAGGAAUUAUUUGUAGCCCCGUCUUGGGCUAACUUCAAGUUUGAUAUGCAAGCGAUAUUGAAUUGUCUUAACUGAGAUUUUAUAUGUAAUGUAACUGAAGACUAAUUAGUUAUUAAAGUUGUAAAUGACCAUAU